AUGAGUCACACAAAUCUCAGACUACGCGGCGAGGGUCUCCGAUCUCCAUUUAUCCGUAUCUUCCAACAGGAGCAGGAGCAGGAGCAACCCUUUAUUCGAAGGCGUCGCGGUCAGUCGCGAAAACAAUCAGCGGCCAUAAAUGUUGAUUAUCAGGAUGAUAUCAGAUGUGAUGUGAUGAGUGGAUUCGAUAAUAGACAGCCGAUUGAACAGGACCAUCCUAUAACCAUCAGUGAUCCCAAAGUGCUAAGCAAAUUUGUGCGCCAAGUGUAUUUAUUUUCGACCUUGUUCUGUCUGAUAUCGGUGGUUCCGUGGAUAAUAAUUUCAUGGAGUGGAAUUAUCCUGGGUGAGCACAUUCCUGUGCCUGCCUUUGUCUGGCUCAUCCUGGCCCUCAUUUGCCUGAUAAUACUGAGUUGCUGUCCCCAUAAGCGUUUCAAAUAUCCCUGCAAUCGUAUUUUGUCCGUGAUCACAGUGUUCCUGAUUACCCUCUUUGGAUCCUACUACAUGUUCAUGGUCAACACUUGGGUUCUUCUGGGUUCUUUGCUGGCCAGCGGAUCAUUUGUGGUGCUGUUGAGUGUUUGUGGUGCAAAAUGUCCUCUAAGGAUGCUGCCCAACGAAUGCAGCGCAAGUAUUGUUAUUGGCACAUGUGUGAUACUGCUCUUCACAUUGGGCAUACUUAUGUUUUUCCUGAGAAGCCCCAUUUUUUACUUGGCAAUCGGCAUUGUACUGAUAGUGUUGGUGAUCACAAUGGGCCUUUACCAGGCGCGAUACGUUCACGGACGUCAGAAGUUUAUACCUCUGGAGGAUGCACCAUUAUGCGCUAUGGGAAUCUACACUUACUUUGUGAUUAAUCUGGUUUGCUUCAGUGGUUUCUAUUAUUUUUAUUUAGAGGCAAUACAAAAUGAAACAUAA